GUUGUUCCAAGGUUGUUGUUGAGAUAAUGUAUUUGGUGUUGAUCCUUGGGACGAUAUUUUGGCUAUCCCCCUUUCAACUUAGUGCACAACCUUGUUUCGACCACCAUCUCCAGCCGCACAGAAAUUCCCCUAGACCUUCCUAUAUCUAUAUAUCUUCCUAUAUCUUAUUAGCAGCGGUGGCAACUGCAGGGCUAGCUUGUCCAGAAGACGGAAAUCAAUGCAGGAGGCUCCAGAGCAGUUUAUAGCAAAUAAUACAAAACUAGCUGCUAUAAACUCCUAUAAACCGCAUUUACAAUUACUCCGAUUAUCCUGAGGAGAUGCUGGCGCCUGAACAAGCAAAGGAAACGAAGUGCAUAGCAGCUUAGAGCAAAUGCAAACACGGUCUUGAAUAUUUCGACCCGGUUCAAAUGUCAGAUAAGAUACGUGGAUGUCGGAUGACAAACCACACCCCUGAGAAAUGGGCCAUGCGCGGGAACUUGAUAAUUACAAGCUAAAAACUUGGGCGAUUCACGAGGGCCGUUUCGCAUUCUGAUAGAAGCUCUUAUAUGAUGGCUCCAACUAAUACUCCAACAAGGCAAAGUAAUGCCUUGGGUCGAGCUCCUCAAUCUGCCGGAAUUAGAUCCGUUUCGCGAACUCCACGCUUUAUCUUUGGAUCAACUGCUCCCUCAAGCUCUGCGUCUCAAUUUGCAGCAAUUCCUCGCUUUCGCUUUGCUGAAAAGUUCGGGCAGGUAUCUGUUUCUGAUAUCGAAGCUGAUCUGAGUGAUAUUGCCCCUUCAUCUUCAGCCCUUACGGACUCUGAUGGGCGAAUUGGAAGCUUGCCCCUUCUAUAUUCAAGGGAGGAUGAGAUCCAAGAUUCCAAUAGCGAUGAAGAGGAGAUCUUAUUCCAUGAUGACCCUACUUCUUCCCCUUUAGAAGGGCAUUCAGGAGCUCGGGAUGACGCGGGGGGAUUUGAUAGUGAUGCUGAAAUCGAUUCCAUUUUUCCUCCAACCCCUGAAAGACGCAACGCAAAACGCAGAAGAGUGUCAUCUCCUGCUCUUAAUAAUCCCAAUGCAGAUCCAAUCUCGUCGUGUCCAUCCCAUCCAUCUUCAUCCCCAUCAUCACUACAUCCGCCAUCACCCGUCUCCUCUUUGGCAUCUCUCACUACUCCAUCCCGAGCCUUGGCCCCGGAACCAUUUACCCUGCUGCUCCCAUCAAUCACAACCUUCAACCGCCCGCCUUCAUCAUCCACUAAGCACCCCCGUUUUCUUUUUCGCCACCAGCAAAGUUCACCUUCCAUGUCUACACAUUUCGCUCCUUCCCAAUUGAAGCCAACUACUGCACCGAUCUCAUCUCAACGGCGACCACCGCACUUCAUCCUCCCACCUACCUCUUCCAGACCACCGGAGCACCUCCAUCUUGCUCUAACCACAGAUGAAAGAUCCCUUAUCCCCGGACGCUCCAGACGGUCCAACUCUACCACGCCAAUCUGUGUACCGGGUGGCAUGACCGCCUCCGUCCGUGGUUGGCUACUAGAAGCAGAAGCAGCAAAACACGCCUCCCAAUUCCAGAACACACAGGCCAGCGCUUUCCAAGCGCCCAGGGUGACGCAAGAAAUGCCACCCCCGCCGCGAGUAGCUAACUAUUACCUCGUAGCCGAAGUCGUUGAUGUCCAACAUCAGGCAUCUACCAGCAAAAGCGACCAUAAUACGUAUACACCUGGCCAUCCUACUCCGGUGACAUUGAUCACAACGACCCCCAUAAAUAAUUCUUCUACCGCUAUUGCCAGUAGUAUCAUCAACACGGACACCAAUAGCACAACCCCAUCUACAGUACAACAGCAAACAUCUAUACGGCCCCCUUUCAUACAUCCCCCGUCCCGCAAAAUCCUACUAUUCGGGGCACCCAUCUCCAACCCACCGCGCAGCCACAGUCGCGGCUCUUUUGAUACACCGGGCCAACAUCCCGGCCGCCAUCCACGCCUUAGUGCAUCGUUCUUUGCCGCAUCUCCUAUCGUAGCAAAAGGAGACAAAAUAGGGCUCCGUCGCGGCCUUGUGUGGGAGAUGGAAAUUGAGGAAUUUCCAGGGAGGGUAGGUAAUGGGCAAAUGAGACAGGAUAGGGAAGGUGCAGUUGAUGCAGAGGAUGUCGCUGGAAGUGCAAGCGCACCCGGAACCCGAAGGAGGGAUGUUAAGGUAGAGAAGUGGCUUGUUGGUGUUGAGUGGGAUGUAUUAUGACUCGAGCUGUUUUACUACGUACAUAUAGCUUGGAGAAAUGAACCUUUACCCAAGCCACCUAGAAAUAUAUUCAGACAGACGAAACGGCCAAACGCAUAUAUUAUGAGACCCCGCUAUAUUAAAACUCCUUACACUCCGUUCAUUCAUUCAUUUCAAAAGCAAAAUACUAUCCCUAACAAACAGUACCCCAAAUUAAAAACAACCCCUCCAAAGGAGAAAAGAAAGCAUCAACCAAAAUGGCUCCCAAGAGGG